UGGCUUCUCUUGCAGACGACCGCCUAUCACACGAGAACAAUUGCUAGCAUGGGACUGGCCGAUGCCGCGCAGACGCCAACUGCUGCUGCUGCUGCUGCUGCUGUCGACGGCGUGUGCCGGCUGCCUGCUGUGGGCGGCGGCCAUGCGGGCCCCGGGGGCGGCGGAGGCGGUCCGAGGGGCCGGCCGCCCCCACCGCGCGAGGGCGCAGGUCCGCAGGCUCGGCGGCGGGCCGGUGCGAGGGCUGCCGGACGUCUACGACGACGACGGCGACGAGAAGAGCCCGUAUUCGCCUCGCGGCGACGAACGGCCAAAUCCAGACGAAACGGGCAAGCCAAUGAGGAUCGUGCACUUGGACCUGAAAGGCGCUCCUCCCAAGAUGAGCUACCUCCACUCCCUCCUGCCGCUGAUGGCCCAGGCUGGGGCCAACGGUCUUCUCCUGGAGUACGAGGACAUGUUCCCCUACACCGGGACUCUGAGCAACGUGUCUGCCCUGAACGCCUACUCCAUGGAGGAGGUGCAAGAGCUGCUGGUCCUCGCGCGGCGGCACCGCCUCGAGGUGAUCCCGCUGGUGCAGACGUUCGGCCACCUGGAGCUGGCGCUCAAGCUGCCCGAGUUCCGGCGCUUGCGCGAGGUGCCGUCCUUCCCGCAGGAGCUGUGCCCGUCGCGGCCCGAGGCCCUGGACCUCCUGGUGGGCGAGAUGGUGCGGCAGGUGUUGGGCGCGCACCCUGGGGCCCGGUUCCUGCACGUCGGCUGCGACGAGGUGUACCACCUGGGCGCCUGCGAGCUGUGUGCCGGCUCGCUCAAGGAACCCAGGCAGCUGUUCGCCGAGCACGUGGCACGGGUCGCGCGUCACGUCAGGGGGCUGUACCCGGGCGUCACGCCGCUCGUGUGGGACGACAUGAUGCGGCAGUGGACGGUCCAGCAGCUGGAGAGGUCGGGUCUGGCGGAGCUCGUCGAGCCGGUGGUUUGGGCGUACACGGGCGACAUCUCGCGCCUGGUGCCGCCCUACGUGUGGCACAUGUACGGACGCGUGUUCCCGCACGUCUGGGUGGCAGGGGCCUUCAAGGGCGCCCAGGGAGAGACGGCACUCGUUCCCGACCUGAGACGCACCUUCGACAACCACGUGGCGUGGCGCCGGCUGAUGCGCUCCAUGAGCCUCGUGCGUCACUUCCGCGGAAUAGUGCUCACUGGUUGGUCGAGGUACGACCACUUCGCGGUGCUGUGCGAGCUGCUGCCCGCCGCCGUGCCCUCGCUCGCGCUGAACCUGCUGGCGCUGUCGGCCGACGAGGCUGACACCAGGCACCAGCACCAGCGCGUCUUCAGCCGCUGGACGAGGCUGCUGUCGUGCUUCAGCUCCGCCACCAAGGUGUCUUACGCGUCUUUGUCGGAGGACCCGUACCAGUGGCGGCUGUCGGGCUGCUCCUUCCCGGGAAGCGACGUGUUCUCCGUGCUCGCCAGCUACGGUGCCCUCAGGGACAAGGUGCACGCCGUGCACUCGGAGCUGACGGAGCGCAGCGGCUGGCUCACCGACUACCACGUGAGCCACAACUUCUCCAGCCCGUGGAGGGUCGCGUCGGCCCUCUCCGCGGCCGGGGCGGACCGCCUGGCGCCCGAGGUGGGCGGCUUCCGGGAGCUGGCGGCGCAGGUGCUGGCGCGGCACUUCGACGGCCACACCGUCGCCGAGUGGCUGGAGCAGAAGGUGGAGCCGCUGGAGCGCAAGGCGGGGUUCCUGGAGAAGUCCGCCCGUCGGCUCAUGGACCAGGACACUUGGCCCAGGCGACCUCUCCAGUGACACUGGUUCCUCUCUCCAGCCUUUUGCAUUGACAUGGCAUGUUCAAAACCAUGCUCCGGCCCCCUGCCAUGGGAGGUGAACAUCUUCCAGGAAAAAAAAGAGAAUGGAAGUUCUGACGAGCUACUUCGACAUACACGCCAUAGACGAGUUGCUGGAGAAGAAGGUGAAGACACUUAGAGCGCAAUUUGGGGUUCCUGGAAAGGUCCACCCAGAAGAUAAUGGACCCGGACACUUGGCCCAGGCCAAGUUCCGAUGUGCCACUUCAACAUCACCACCAUCGGCAUGUUGCUGGAGUAGAAGGUGAAGACACUUUAAGCGCAAGGUGGGGUUCCUGGAAAGGUCCACCAUGAAGAUCAUGGACCCGGACACUUGGCCCAGGCCAAGUUCCGAUAUGCCACUUCAACAUCACCACCAUCGGCGAGUUGCUGGAGAAGAAGGUGAAGACACUUAGAGCGCAAUUUGGGGUUCCUGGAAAGGUCCACCCAGAAGAUAAUGGACCAGGACACUGGGCCCAGACUAAGUACUGACGUGCCACUUCAACAUCACCACCAUCGGCGAGUUGCUGGAGAAGAAGGUUAAGUCACUUAGAGCGCAAGGUGGGGUUCCUGGAAAGGUCCACCCAGAAGGUCAUGGACCAGGACACUUGGCCCAGGCCAAGUUCUGAUGUGCCACUUCAACAUCACUACCAUCGGCGAGUUGGAAGGGUAGAAGUGGUAAAUGUUGAAGUGCAAUGUGUGGUUUCUGGGGUGGUUCGCCCAGCAUAACAUGGACUAGGAUACUUAUUACAGGUGUUCUAUAUCAGUGAGUGUACAGUUACUAUGUACUUGCCUGACCUCAGCUCACCUGAUGUGGAAGGUGAGCAGCUUCUGAAAAGAAGAAUUAUUCUUCCAUGUUCGUUCUGCAGAUUUUGAGGAUUCUGCACAACACGUGUUUUAUUUCUGUAGAAUUUGGCCGAUGUACUUUUUCGUUACGAUCUCAUCAAUUAAGAAUGCUAUUCCGGAAAAAAAGAUGGUAAAUGUUUUUUUUAAAUAUUAUAAUGUUUUAUUUUGAUUUUCCAAAUUGUGUUGACUUUGGUUCCCUCUAUUUUUUUUUUGCCAUUUCGUAGAUGUUACACUCCAAAUAAAACAUGUUAUGUUAUUUCAUCAGUAGCUCUUUAUUAGUUUCUGCAGUCAUCUUGUUAAGAUAUAAAGCACAUAAAGGUCUCCUUUCUUCUGAGAUGGAAAAAAUAUUAUCUCCUAGCAGUUUCUUGGUUUUUUUUUUAAAUCUUAUGUAUUACACUAUUAGUGCACGAAUCAGAUUAAACACUGCUGCUAUGUGUUGAUAAUGCUUAAUGCUCUAUUCACACGUAUGUCAAGCCGACCAUAAAAAAGAUAAAAUGAACCGACUUAGUAGCAAUAGCGCUCGUGUAAGCUAUGGCGAAAUAUUGAGCUAAUGUUGACAUUUAUGGAGUCUGAAAAGCAGAUUUCACUGGACUUGCUAUUAAAGAUGUAUUUUAUAGUUAAAAAUAAAAAUAAAUAAAAACUUUA